AUGUCCUGCUGUCUGUCCGUAGGCCUGAUCCGGAGCGGCGUCCGAGAGCCCCGCCACCACCCUCCGGUGCUGCGCAUGGUGCUGGAGGCGCUGCAGGCGGGGGAGCAGCGCCGGGGUACCUCGGUGGCGGCCAUCAAGGUUUACAUCCUGCAGAAGUACCCGACAGUGAACGUCCUCCGGUUCAAGUACCUGCUGAAGCAGGCCUUGGCCACAGGCAUGCACCGUGGCCUCCUUGUCAGGCCCGUCAACUCCAAGGCCCGGGGAGCCACUGGCAGCUUCAAAUUAGUUCCCAAAGACAAAAGGAAAAUCCAGCCCCGGAAGACGUCCACCAUGACGGCCCCCAGGAGGCCUGGUCAAGCUGAGGGAAAGGACUCCAAGAAACCAACUGAGUCAAAGAAGAACCCACCCAACCCAGGCGAUGUGAAAAAAGGAUCCAGGAAGCCGGGAGAGGGGAGGACAGCUCCCCCCAAACCAGGUGCAGCCAAGAAGGCCCCCAAGAAAGGCCAGCAGACCAAGGACCAAGAGGCAAGACUGGGUGAGGCCAAGAAGUCCUCCCAACAGCCAGACAAGGCCACACAGGCCCCUCCCAUUGCCAGUGGGCCCAGUGGGAAGUCAGAGGUCAAAGGUGGAAGGAGCAGCCGAGCAGAUACCAAGGCCCACAGGAAAACAAAGCCUGGGAGUCAGAGUUCCAAACCCACGGUCACCAAGGGCGAGGAUGCUGCUGCUUCCCCAGCCAAAAAGAAGAUGGGCAGCAAGGUCCCUAAAAAGGCUGCUGUGCAGGGGGCCGGGGAGGGGCCUAAAGCCAAGGCCCCUGUUCCUCCCAAGGGCAGUGGGUCCAAGAUGGAGCCUGUACCACUGGCCAGGAAGGCAGAGGCCCCUAAAGGCCCGAGAAAGCCUGGCAUUCCCACCAAGUCCUCUGCGUCCAAAGCGGCCAGUAAGAAGGCAGAAGCCGAGAACUAGAGGCGGGGUGGAGACAGACUGAGAUUCUACUUUUUUAUUCCCCUAAAAACUAUCACUCUAUUUCACUGUAACCUAUUUAUCAAUAAAGACUUUUCCCCCCACAAAUUGGUGUGGAAGGAGGCUGAGGUCUAAGGAUUUGGCCAUCCAGUGCUAGGACCCAGAUAGAAGCUUCUGCCCUGGGGAGAUGCAGACCGCUGCAGGGAUCCAAAGUCACCUAGGCACCCAUGGAGGCACUGGAAAGGUGUUUAAUGCAGCCUGAGAUCUGGGACUGCUUCCUGGAGGGGGCAGCUUUUGGUUUUAAAGGAUGAGUAGGAAUUGCCAGAUAGAUGAGGGGAAGGGCCUUGCAGGCAGAGGGCCCAGAAUGUGGGGUGGAGCUGGGAGGAUGGGGAUUUGUGGUUUUGAGAGGAGAACAGGUGGGGGAGGGGUGGCAUGAGCCCCGGGCCAUGGAGAUGGGGCAGGAAGGUGUGGAAGGGUGGACUAAGGAGGGCAGACAUCGUCUUGGGGGCAUUGGGGAGCCAGGGUGGGUUAUAGGCAGGGAAGAGGCUGACGUGGUGUGUGUUGAGAAGGAUCCCUGUGGCUGCGGAGAGGAGGGGUUAGAGGAGCUGAGAGGAGGUGUGGACUGUUCGACUAGUCACUGAGUAGGACUGUGGGCCCCUCGGGAAUCCUCAGAAGGAAGAGAAAGCGCAAAGGCUGUGGGGUGGGAAUGCUCUUGACAGGCAUGUGUGGCUAAAGCCCAGAUGGAGACAGAGGUGAGGUCUGGGGUGUUUUAAAAACGUAUGUGACACUGUUCCCAUGGAGAGCUGGAGUCUGUGCCCCUGCCCCUUGAGCCUGGGCUCGUUGAUUGCUUGACCAAUAGACUACAGUGGAAUUCACGUUAGGACAGUUGCUGGGCUCAGGCCUUAAGAGACUGGCAGCUUCUACUUCCUGUGUGGGGGUUGUUUCUUGUUGUUUUUUCGCUUUUUAAUAGUUGCUCUUAGAACUCAGCCACCAUGCUGUGUGGAAACCCAAACAGCCGGUGGAGAAGAAUUGAGGCACCCCAGUUGUCAGCCCCAGCUGGGCUCCCUGACCAGCCAGCACCAAUUUGCCAGCCAUGGGAGUGCACCAUCUUGGAAAUGGAUCGCCUAUCCCAGUUGAGUGGCCCCCCUGACACCACGUAGAACAGGGACGGGCCUUCCCUGCCGAGCCCUGCCCCAGGCAGACACAUAAGCACCACAAAUGUAUUGGGGUGGUUUGUUACGCAGCAGUAGAUACCAUAACAAGGGCUGCAGGGUAGACUAGGGCAAGAUCCUGAAGGGCCUUGUAAGCCAGGAUAGGAAUUUUGGGUUUUGUUUAAUUGUGAUGAACAGCCAUUAGAGGCCAGUGAGCAGCGGAGUGCCUGCAGGGGGGACACGGGAAGCAGCAGGGGGCUAAGGAGGCAACCCCUGCAAUGGUCCAGCUGAGGGGUGGGCCGCCAUGGAGGGAGGGGUUAGAAGUAGUGGAUUCUGGGUAGAGGUUUAAGCAGGGUGGAUGGGAUAUGCUGAGGGAGUGGAUGUAGAAAGGGGUCCACAGUUUGGGGUCCACACAAGUGCUUGUGUGGCGAUCACCUCCUGGGGCGAGAACAGCUCGUUCAGGGGGCUGCCAAGAGGUGGUCCAGAUGAGGGGUGACUGCUGAGCCAGGGAGUGCGCAGAGACGGAAGGGGUGGAUUUGAAGGGAGUCAGAGGUAAGCUGGAUGGCACUUGGGAAGGGGAAGAUGGGACACAAAGGGAAACUGAGGCAGCCCAGCAUGGAGCAUCAGACUGUCCCCUUUCUGCCGCUGCUCCCUCAGCCCUGCUCUCACGUCCCCGAAUCCCACGUGAGGCUUUGUCUCACUGCCGAUGGCUUCCUGACUUCCCUGGGGCAUCUGUAACGUGGCUGCCAGCAGAGCCCCGAGGGGCACAGUGAGCAGACGGUAGUGAGCUGGGUUGGCGCUUCCCCCUUAGGGGUUCUGGUUGGGGGAGGCACCCUGGGCAGCU